AACCAACCAUCAGUGAUCAGUUUCAUCGUCCCCUUGCACUUUUCACCUGCGCCCACUUUCACUCGUUACGUCGUACGAGACUUUGCUUUGCCUGCUUACUUUCAUAGACUAGCCCUAUGGCCGAUGUGUCUGAUCCCCAGAUAAACGAAGCAUACCUGGACGUUCGUGCCGACAAAUCCGAGACGAACUGGUUGCUAUUGGACUAUGAGUCCGAUCGCUCCGACAAACUCAAGGUCACACAGACUGGCGUAGGGGGACUCUCUGAAUUACGUGAAGCCCUUGACGAUUCCAGGGCAUCGUACGCCUAUGCUCGUGUUACAUUCUCAAACGACAAGGAGUCCCAACGCGAGAAGUUUAUCCUCAUAGUUUGGAUUGGUCCCGGCUGCAAAGUGAUGCGGAAAGCAAAGAUCUCCGUGCAUACCGCCGAUGUCAAAGCCGUGUUGCGCACUUAUUCAAUCGAAGUUCCUGCACGAGAAAAAGACGACUUAAAAGAGGAUCCUAUUAUUGUACGACUGCGCAAGGCGGGAGGAGCAAGCUAUGAUGGGGUGUAGACCACAACAAAUCAUCUUUGUGGUAUUGGUCACUUGCUUUUACCAAGGAUGUGACGCUCAUAAUGGAAGACAUUUGCAUUUCAUCU